AUGAAUAAGUCUUCCAGAACUAUAUCGCAAACGUUAGUAGAUGACCCUGACCCUUUGAUUUGGGAGAGUAAGGUUUAUUCGAAAACGUACUUCAGUAGAAUAAAGAAUAGUAAUUUUAAAUACUAUGAUAACUCAAGUAUUUUUAAGUAUUUAUUCUUUCACUGGCUUAACAAAUGGGUUUGUUUGCUUUCAAAGCAAUACACUGAGCCAUACAAGUAUCAUCCUCUACCAAUUUCAGACCAGGUUCUGAAAUGGCAACCAAUAUUUUCCAAACACGUUAGUGAUGGAAUAGUUAGGUUGGAAUCAUAUGAUGAAUCGAAAUUUAAAUCGAGAGGCAGUGUUAAGAAACCUUAUAACUCAAUACUCUUAAGGGCCUUAUUUCUAACUAUUUGGAAAAGAGCCCUAAUGCUUAUUACAGGAUUGAUAGUAGUAAAUGUUUUGAGUAUGAGCAUUUCAAUUUUGGUUAAAAAGUUACUUGAAAUAUUGGACGAUAAAUCUAUAAGUUUUGUAAAGAUUUUUUUCUUGUUGUUGUCUAUAAUUCUAUGUCAGAUUGCGGAUGCUUUAUUCAUUGAAAAUAUAAAUUUUUACCUUUUGAGACUGAUUUGUGUUGUUAACUACUUGUAUAUGAUUGGAGUUUUUCAACAUGGUAUGUGUCAUAGAAGGAAAUUUUCGAAUGGCAUAAAUGGCUCUAAUUCAUUGAAUGUGUGCAACCAGGUUCUUCACAGUUGCUUACCGGGUUCCGAAUGCUCCAAAAAUCCGCUUUAUUGCCAAGCAUUGAGGCAUCAAUGUAAAGAUAUCAACGGCCAGAUCUUUAACUUCGUGUAUAACGAUUCGUUUUAUGUCUCACAGUCAAUUGAGGCCGUUAAAUAUAUUGUUGAUUUUUUUGUAGAUUUCGGAUAUGGAGUUUAUUUGCUUUCAUUACAGGUUAAGCUUAAUAUAUGGGUGUUAUAUUUCUUGGGCAUCUUAUUUGUAUUCAUUAUGGUUGUUUUCGAAAUACUGAAUGCCAUUACAAUAAAGUUCGUUCUUUAUCUGAGAGAUUAUAGAUUAACGAAGAGCAAUGAUUUUGUAACUUCACUGCCACUUAUCAAAAAAAUGUUUUAUGAUGAUAUCGCAAUCAAUAUUAUUACUAAAAGUAGAAAUAACGAACUAUCAGUUCUUUUCGUCAACAUGUUCCUUACGUAUUUUAACAUGACAUUGUACAAUAUGUGUAUAAUAACAACUUUCUACGUUGUUCAAAGAUAUUUUGUGACUUCUGUUAUAGAAGCUUCGGUUAUUACUGAUAUUGAUACAGCAGGAUUUAUGACAUCAUUUUAUAUUUUCCUAAGAAUCGCAAUAUCAAUGUUUUUAUUACCAAGAUGUAUCAGAUCUAUCGCAAAAUCUUAUGUGUCAUUUAGAAGGAUGGGAAUAUACAUAAAGGAUUGUCCUCCUAAUUUCUAUAUAAGUGAUAAUAAAUUUACUGGCUCAGCCAAUGUCAGUUCAAUUAUCGCUGAUACAACUGAUCAACUGCCCAAUGACACUGUUGUGUACUUCAGAGACGCUUCAUUCACAUGGGUCCACACACGUAAUGACCUAUUAAAUAAAAAAUACGACACUUUCUUAAAAAAUUUAAACUUCGAGUUGAAACGCGGCGAAAUUGCCAUUGUCACCGGUUCCAAAGGAUCAGGUAAAUCAAAUUUUAUCAAAUCAAUGCUUGGUGAGAUGACCCUAGUUGGGGGCUCUAUGGCAGUUAUACCUCUACACACAUCAAUGCCAAUAUUUUAUGCAUCACAAGACAUAUUUCUACAACAGGGUACUAUCAGGUCAAAUAUCACAUUUGGCUAUCGCUUCGACGAACACAUUUACAACACAGUCCUUAAAGCAGUGGAGCUUGAAUUCGAUAUUUCAACAUGGGAUAAAGGUGACCUUAGAGUAGUCUCCGACAGAGCUCAUUCUUUAAGUGGAGGUCAACGUGUAAGAAUGGAAUUGGCUCGUGCAGUAUAUGCUUACUUGGUAUUCCAUCAAGUUAACACUGAGUACAACAACAGCCAAUGUUCAUUCUUGAUGUGUCUGGACGCCUCGUUCCACGGUCUAGAUCCAUACGUUUCCAAAACUAUAUUCAAUAACCUGUUUAACCUUAAAACAGGGCUAUUGGUAAAGAAUGAUUUAAGUGUUGUUUUAACAACAUCAAAACAAACUCUUGAUAUAUGUUCAAAAACGUCUGAUAUAAACCAGGUUCCGAAUCCUCCUGUAUAUAACAUUAAUAACCAGAUGUUGAAUUUUUAUUCAAAUCUUCACGACUUUAUCAAGAAUAAUAGAAUAAGCAACGUAGACUACAAUUUCAUAUCAAAUAACAUUGGCGGUUUCAACAUUCACUUUCUUUCUAAUGAUAUGUUAAGUAUGUGUUCAUAUGGAGUAAAAAACAAAAAAGUACGUAUGGAAAUAACUAAAGAAAAAUAUGAUGAAUCAUAUAAAUCAUAUACCAAGGAUGAAUUUCCAGGUGUCAAAUUUAAUUCUUAUAUGAUUUACUUGGCUCCUUGUUUAGGUUUUUUCGUGAUUUAUCUAUUGAUUAACAUCAUAGUUUCUGUCAUGGAUAAUAUAAAAUAUGUAUUGUCGACUAGAUUGUCUGAUUACAUAUCUAAGCACAUUAGAGACUUUAAGAAUGGCCAAUACUUUGAUUUAGCUGAAAUUAAAGCCCAUAGUUCUUUCUGGUUAAGAAUUAUGACAUUAUUUGUUUCAGUUAUUAUUGUUCUAACCAUUUUGUCCACAAUAUUGUUUUCAAUUUUGUCAAAUAUAACUUGUCGUAAAAUUCACGAAUACGUCGUCGAUUCAAUUUUUAAAAACAGUUCAUCUGUAAUAAAGGUAAAGAAAAAAGCUAAUCAGGUCAUGACAUAUUUAUCCUGUGAUACCACUAUGACUGACGACGAUGUUGGAUAUAUAUUAUUGUUAUUUUUAAGUUGCUCCAUACAGGCAAUCACCAGCAUUGUUACAUUGUUCUAUUUGAUUCCUAUUUCUAUCCCUUUCUUCAUUGUGACAUUGACUAUUUUGUACAAAUUCAUACUACUGAACUUAAUCAAUUCUGCCAAGAACAAACAGGUUGCAAUGUUAGAAUCUAUGUCUCAGGUCAAUUCUGUAUGUGAAAAUGCCAUUUCCGGAUCUUCAAUCUAUAGAAGCUAUAAAAAUGAACUUGCGCUGGUUAUAGAUUUAAUCGAAAACACUGAUUACUAUAUUAGAAGUCGUUUAUUGUAUAGACUAAUCUUAACUUGGUGCACGCUGAUAUUUAAAUACAUUUUUUCUUGUGCAACAUUUUUUGUUUUCAUUCUUCCAAUCAUGUUGGACAAAUUCACCAAAUACAAAUUAAAAGUUGGUUAUUUUGGACUAGCUCUAUCCUUGUGUAUGAAUUUAGCCGAAGCUUUUGGCAAAUUCAGUAAAACAUACGCCAAAAUUGAAAUAUAUACAUGUUCGCUUAAGAGGUUCACACAUUUUAUACCACCCGGUCAAAAACUUAAGUUUGGCAAAUUCGUUAAUUCACACGAAGAAUACAUAAUCAAACCUGCCAACAACGGAGUAAACAGAGUUAAUAAACUUCAAUUGCUAAGGAGAAGGGCCAUUGAAUUUAAGGCUGAAAACACGAAAUUCUACGGGUUAAAGAGAAUUUUCUACCACCCCAAAAUACACAUCAUGGAUGUAGAAAAUUACAUAACUCCCGACCAUACAGGUGUCGAGUUGAAAAACGCUUGCGUAUAUACUCGUCCAGAUUUUGAUCCUGAGUCUAUGAUAUUGAAGCAUCUCACAGUGGCAGCCACUAAAUCUGAAAUCAUCGGUAUAGUUGGAAGAACAGGUGCCGGUAAGACAACUUUACUUUCUGUGUUGCAGAACUUAUCGACUAAUCGUACAGGUCAAGUACUAUUGGACGGUAAAGAUUUGAAUGAUAUCCCCAAGGUUGUCCUUCGUCAAAUUAUUGGUGUGUUGCCACAACUACCAUUUGUGUUCAAGGGUUGGACUAUUAGGAGAUUUUUAGAUCCUAGAAGAUUGUUCACUGACGACGAGAUCAAUCAGGCUUUGAAUAAAUGUGCCCUGUUAAACUUUGUUAAUGAGCUUCCUGGAGGUUUGAAGUUAGAUACUCUCAUUGUUCCAGACGACUUGUGGAUAAACCCCAAUAAACCCAAGAAUAGUAAUGUAAACAUUAAAGAACUUGAAAAAAAAUGUUCAACGUCCACCGAUCUCAUCAAAGCGUCCUUUGAAACCGAUAUGAUAAUUUCUAACAGUCAAUUGAGAACUCUUACUCUUGCAAGAUUAGUGUUAUACAAAGACUUCUAUAGAGUAAUUAUUGUAGAUGAGCCACCAGAAGAAGACCUGUUUGAUGCAUCUAUUAGAGAAGAUGAUCUUGGUGUUCCAAUUUAUGAUCUAUUACAAAAACAUUUUAGUCAUUGUACCACGUUUGUUACAGCACAUGAUGUAAACGUAUUGAAAACAUGUACCUCGGUAUGGGUAAUACAUGAGGGUUGCCUAGUGAGGACGUGUAAGACAAGUGAUAUCGCAGCAAAUGAGUCUAUCGCAUCAAUUAUUGAAGAAAAUGUUAAGAGUGGUUAA